GUUCCUCUGCCUCAAGUUGGGGCUCAGGCUCUGAUCCUAUGCGGUCCUCGGGCCUCAUUUGAGAGUCUUCUUAGUCCAAGAAAGACACCGAAAUGUCUUGCCCUAAUCGCUAGCAGACCGAUGAUAUAUUAUCCGCUAAAGUUCUGCGAAAUAUCACAUAUCGAUGUCACACUGAUUACACCUCCUUCUACCCUUGCUCAUAUCAAAUCUGCUUUACAGCAAAACCCUCAUUUGCAAUCACUUCCUUUGUCAAAACUCCUCGCCGCUCAAGAUCUCGAAGCAACGGUGGCAACCGCACAGCUGCUUCGUCUUUUAGAGGUGCAAUCCUGCAUAAAAUCCGAUUUCCUCCUCCUGCCUUGCGAUCUUGCCUAUGUGGAUGGUGUCUCAAGGUCAAAUUGUAAUGGCGAGGGAGAACGACACCGUCGACGUGAACUUUAUUUAAGACCCAAGGAUGAAAGCUUGGAUCUAAUAGCUGUUGAACCACUUCGGCAGACUAGACUGUCGAAACUGCUCAUGUCUGUCGGGAUGGAUACUGUGAAAAGGAACCUGGAACGUGAUAAAGGUUUUCUUCUUCGUCAAUCUUUUACAAAACAGCAAGCCGCACAGAAUAAGAUAUUGACUGGCUACUGCGAUACACACCUCUAUAUUUUCCUCUGUUGGGCCAAGGAUCUCGUACAACGUCAGAAAAAAUUAGUGCCUGUUAGCGAAGAUCUCAUCGGGCUCUGGGCCAAGUCUUCAUGGCAGCGGGGACUGCCUGCAAAGCUGAGGCUAAGCCCUAAGCCCAAACCCGCGCUUCUCCUAUCAACUUCCCUUCGUCUAGCCAUACAAGCAUCAAUUGAAGAAAUUGGCCAUGCUCAAUCCCCAUUUGCCCAUGACCGGAAGACCACCUCUUUUGAACUUGGAAGUGGUAGUUAUAUCGACAAAGGCUCGGUGCUGAGGGAUUGUGAAGUUCAGGAAGGUAAUGUUGUUCCUGAGAAAACUGAAGCCAAGAACGAGAAGUUUAUGCCACUUUUUGAAGAUCUCAAGGAGGAUACAGAUAAUUAUGGCAUGUUUGCGGAAAGUUGCUAUUUUUUCUAG